GUGAUGUCUUUGUCCAAUGCGCAUGCGCAGAGCAUGUUUCUGUAUAAACAACUAGAAGGAAUUUAGAACGAUCUGGUUGGCCGAGAGACCCAAAUACGUGAAGGAGAGGACGGCCUUCUCCGUUUCACAUAGCUACUGGAAAUGAAGGGACAACAAAAAAGUCCAGACUCGGAUGGGAAUGUUCCUGUUAUUGAAGAAGGUGCUGUAGCUACUGCAGAAGACCCCUCUGCUAUUGCUACUAUCCAAUCAGCAGCCACAUUCUCAUCAGAGCAGCCAAUCAAAUACCUGUUCAAGACGGAGGCGGCUGGGGGGCAGGUGACAUACCGCGUGAUCCAGGUUUCAGACGGGCAGUUAGAGGGCCAGACGGACGGGGCAGCGGCUGUCAGUGUGGUUGCUGGAUUUCCUGCAGCGACACAGGCUGUCACCCAGGCCGUGUUCUCACAGUCUGAUGCCCUCGACGGUGACAACACUGAGACUCACUACACCUAUUAUCCUGCCACCAUCUCUGAUGGCGCGUCGGGUGCCAUGGUGACCAGCGUUCAGGCCCCGGACGCCCUGCUAAGCCAGAACACACCAGCAGGACAGCUCUAUGUGAUGAUGUCACCCCAGGAAGUGCUGACAGGAACCAACCAGAGGUCCAUUGCGCCUCGUACACAGCCAUAUAACAUCAAAUCAGAGGUACCCAGGACUUCCCGGGAUGAGAAGAGGCGAGCCCAGCACAAUGAAGUUGAACGUAGAAGGAGAGACAAAAUUAACAACUGGAUCGUCCAGCUGUCCAAGACCAUCCCUGACUGCACCAUGGACUCCACCAAAACCGGCCAGAGUAAGGGGGGCAUCCUGUCCAAGGCGUGUGACUACAUCCAGGAGCUUCGACAGAGUAACAUCCGGCUGGGAGAGGAGCUGAGCACCCUGGAAAGGCUGAGGAUGGACAACCAGCUCCUGCACCAGGAGGUAGAUGACUGGAAGUCCAAGAACCAGAUUCUGAGGAAUCAGCUGCGGCAGCAUGGAAUUGUGGGAGCGGGGGGUGCAGACCCCCAGUGAGGAGAGAUUGGAGUGAUGAGGACGCAGAGCAUUGGCCUUAUCAAUGGCUGGCACCGGAUACCACACCGCAAUUCAUUAAUGGAAGGUUUACCACAUUUUAAGGCAAACUGAAGAUUUGUCAUUCCACGGAAGGCAGGAGCUAUUGGCCAGAACUGCUCAAACCCGCAACAAAACAACAGGACUCAGACUCUCAGUAGUUGACCAGGGGUACUUUGUGUAGAUCCCUUGAUCACCUCUAGGCAAAACCAUCUGGCCAGAUAUGAGUGUAAAUUUAUUACAUACGAAACCUUUUUCCCCAACUUCCUUUUAAUGCUUUUGUUAACAGUAAAUAUAUGGAGAGACUUUGAAUGUCCUGAUGUGCCGAUCAAAAGCCGCCAUCGGCAAUUAACUGGAAACACCGGCCUGACCAUCAUCCAGAAUGUUUUUCAGAUCAAUUGGGGAUUUGAAUGCGGAUUGUCUGCAGAUUCAUAACCACCUCUUCUAAACACCGGUAUAAAGCAUCUUCAUCUUUGAGACAUCCACAGAUGCAGCAAAAAUUGACUAAGUAGGGUCAGUGUAUAGUAAACACAAGUUUGUAAAUUCCAUGAAAGUUUUUACCUGAGCACACAUAAUCAGUGGUACAAGGAUUUUUGGCAGUGCUCAUCAACAUCUGUACCUUGUAUGGAAACAAUACAAUUUGUACAGUUAAUAUUGGGUUUCUCUCUUGUAAAUUAUUUUGACCGCCAUCACUGGCUCAGAAGGUGUGCCCUGCUCUCUGAGGAUCCAUUCCCCCGAAGAUUGGACCGCAGUUUGUACGAAGCAGCUGGCGGUUCUUCCUGCCCGGUACUAACAUGACCCCUCCGCCCCCCCUGCAUGUACAUGGCUGCAAGACCGACUUAUGGACUCUUAUUUUAAUAACUUUAGUGAAGCUGAAAUGUCGUAACGAAAGGCAUAUGAGGGGAGAAAAUGAUUUGCGAUAUGAUUUAUUAUGUAACUGGGCUUCAUCCCUUUUCUAGGUACUCCGCAUUUUGUCUUUGCUCUGUCUGGUGGUCCGUUUUCUUAUUUGCACCGUGUGCCAUAACCACAGAUACAAAGUUAUUUAUAUGUUAAUAUUUCAAGUCAUUUCAACUUCUAUUACCUUUUCCAAACGAAAACCAUAUGACGUAAGCUUGCGAACUGGACAUACAUUAGCAUUGCCGCCUUCCGUGUCAAUAGCUGUAUUGUACUUUGAUCUAUUUCAAUAAAGAUCACUUGCGUUUG